UUUAAGUUCUGUUUUGAGUAACAUAUUUUCUUUUUGUUCUAGAUAUUGAAUAAAGGGAAGUUUUGCAUAUGGAUUAGAGUAGGGAUUUACCAGUUCCUAUCGCCGCAAUAGGAGGUCAGUCACUCAUUGUGGAAAAAGUCACAGUGUUGCUAAACUUCCAAUUUAGUGCCGCAGUCACAGUACUUGGGUAAAUAUUAAAAUUUUUGUCGAACAAUGAAGCUAAUUAGAGCUACCGGUGAUCUAUUCACAUCACGCGACAACCUCGCGCACUGUGUCAGUAGAGAUUUCCACAUGAAUGCAGGCAUCGCAGUAAAAUUCAAGUCAACGUUUGGUAAUCAGGAAAAGCUGUCAUCAGGUGGAUGGUCUGUGGGAACUACAGCUCGUCUCACGACAAAUGAUAGACACGUGUUCUACUUGGUAACAAAGGAGCGAUAUUUCUUGAAACCUUCUUACGACUCCUUAAAAGCAUCUCUCGUUGAGUUAGCACGGUGGGUAGAGUUGCUGGGAAUUGAACGACUAGCCAUUCCCAGACUAGGUUGUGGGAAAGACGGAUUAAAAUGGCCUAUAGUUAGACGUAUUCUCAUCGAAGUGUUUGAAGGAAUUAACGUUAUUAUUACUGUCUUCAGACUAAGACGCGAGUUAAAGGACUAAAAUUUUAA